AUGUUAACUUUUGAUCUAGGUUAUUUGAUUAAUCUUUUAUUUUGUUGCUUCAGUUCAGUAGAGGUUGAGCAGUUUAUACUUGAUGACUUGAGAAACCGUGUACAGCUGAGCAGUGUUGCUCUGCCAUCCGUUAGUUUUUAUAUAUUUAUCAAUGCACAUAAUGGUUUAAACUGUUCAACUAUACCCCCUGACGGGUCAUUGGUUGCUGCUGGAUUUUCAGAUUCAUCGCUGAAGAUUUGGGAUAUGGCAAAGCUUGGGCAACAGGCUGUUGGUUCUGUUUUGCAGGGUGACGAUGAUGCAAAUCCAAAUGAGUUUGGUUUAAAUGGUGGAAAAAGACCCUAUACCUUAUUUCAGGGGCACUCAGGACCAGUUUAUUCAGCUUCUUUUAGUCCUGUGGGAGAUUUUAUACUUUCCUCUUCAGCCGAUUCAACAAUUCGGUUAUGGAGCACUGAACUAAAUGCAAAUCUUGUUUGCUACAAGGGUCAUAAUUACCCAGUAUGGGAUGUACAGUAUAGUCCUGUAGGACACUAUUUCGCUAGUGCAUCACACGACCGGACAGCAAGGAUAUGGUCUAUGGAAAGAAUACAACCUUUGCGAAUAAUCGCAGGGCAUUUAUCUGAUGUUGAUGUUAGUUUCUCUCUGACUUUAUUACGUGUUAUAAAAGGGAACUAG